CCUGUCGUACACUCCAACUCUGAGCAUAAUGGCUUGGGAUUAUUUCAGAUCGCCCAGCUACUUAAGAAAAGUAAAUGGCACUGUGGCUCUCAACAAUGCAGCAGACAUCUCUGUUAUUGUUAUUUACUUUUUGGUUGUCCUGGCUACGGGUGUUGUGGCUAUGGUCCGCACCAAUCGAUCCACUGUGGGUGGCUUCUUCCUUGCAGGGAGGAGUAUGGUGUGGUGGCCGAUUGGAGCUUCCCUCUUUGCAAGCAACAUAGGCAGCGGCCACUUUGUAGGGAUUGCUGGUACUGCUGCAGCUGCUGGAAUAGCCAUUGGUGGAUUUGAAUGGAAUGCUCUUAUUGUUGUCGUCAUUCUAGGAUGGCUCUUCGUACCAAUCUACAUCAAAGCUGGGGUUGUCACCAUGCCCGAGUACCUGAGGAAGAGGUUUGGAGGACAGCGAAUUCGCAUCUACCUCUCUGUGCUCUCCCUCUUUUUAUAUGUCUUUACAAAGAUCUCUGCCGACAUGUUCUCUGGUGCCAUUUUCAUCAGGGAAGCUCUUGGUCUGAAUAUCUAUGUCGCAGUCAUCGCGCUACUGGCAAUUACAGCUUUAUACACCGUAACAGGUGGACUGGCUGCAGUGAUAUACACAGACACCUUGCAGACCUUCAUUAUGGUGAUUGGAUCCUUCAUUCUCAUGGGAUUUGCUUUCAAUAAGGUCGGAGGCUAUGAAAGUUUCCAGAAUAGCUACAUGGAGUCAAUUCCCUCAGUCACCAAUAACAUCAGUACAGAGUGCUACCUACCUCGGCAAGACUCCUUCCACAUUUUCAGGAAUGCAAUAACCGGAGACUUGCCAUGGCCUGGCUUGGUGUUUGGACUAACAAUUCAGGCCACCUGGUACUGGUGCACAGAUCAAGUGAUUGUUCAGCGUUGCCUCUCAGCUAAGAAUCUCUCUCACGUCAAAGGAGGUUGCAUUUUGUGUGGCUACCUGAAGCUGUUGCCCAUGUUUCUCAUGGUUUUUCCCGGAAUGAUAAGCAGGAUCUUAUACACUGAUGUGGUGGCAUGUGUGGUACCAGAAAUAUGUGAACAAGAAUGUGAAGCUAAAGUGGGAUGCAGCAACAUUGCCUAUCCCAAACUGGUGGUGGAGCUUAUGCCAAAUGGUCUGAGGGGUUUGAUGCUAUCGGUGAUGUUAGCCUCUCUAAUGAGCUCCCUCACCUCAAUAUUUAACAGUGCUAGUACUCUGUUCACCAUGGACAUCUACACUAAGAUCCGCCCCCGUGCCAAAGAAAAGGAACUGAUGAUUGCUGGCAGGGUGUUUAUCCUGAUCCUAAUUGGUAUAAGCAUCGCCUGGAUUCCUGUUGUACAGGCAGCCCAGAGUGGUCAGCUCUUUGACUACAUCCAGUCAAUCACCAGCUAUCUCACUCCACCUGUGGCAGCCGUCUUCAUGCUUGCCAUAUUUUACAAAAGAGUUAACGAACCAGGUGCCUUUUUUGGACUCAUGAUCGGACUCGUAAUAGGACUAUCGAGGAUGAUUGCAGAGUUUGCCUUCGGGACAGGGAGCUGUGUUACUCCAAGCAAUUGUCCCUAUAUCAUCUGUGGAAUACACUACCUCUACUUCGGGAUGAUCCUGUUUCUUAUUUCCUGCAUCCUCAUAGUCGGAAUCUCCCUAGUCACUAAGCCCAUUGAUGACAAGCAUCUGUAUAGAUUGUGCUGGAGUCUGAGGAACCGUACAGAAGAAAGAGAGGAUAUUGACAAAGACGAGGAUUGGGCCGAUGAUCAAGACAGUGAUUCAGAUAGUGAAGGAUCAGAGAAGAAACCUGGCUUCUGCAAGAAAGCACUCAUGUGCUUCUGUGGCCUGGAGGACAAAAAAGCACCAAAACUGACUCCAGAAGAGGAAGCAGAGCUGAAGAGACAGCUCACAGAUACAUCAGAGAAACCUCUCUGGAAGAACAUUGUCAAUGCAAACGCCAUCAUUCUCCUCUGUGUGGCCGUGUUCUUUCACGGAUACUUCGGUUAGACAAACCCCAUCGACAUUAAGCAAACCUGGAUGCUGUACUUUCUAUUUAAGUCAAAGGGUUUUACGAGGAUUUAAAUUAGGACCAAACCAGUAGCACUUACAUGACAUAUGGUAACGUAUCAGUCUUCAUGUAUUGUGUAAUCUGAUCACACUCAGAAUACAGUGUAUUUUUCUUAUUUUUUAUUUUUGGUAUUUGUCACCUGCAGUAAAGCAAUAACAGAUUACAUCUAAAUACUCAAAUGUUUAUCUUGACUUCUACAUAUCAUACGUGUAGAUAUUCCUUGAUGAACUGGAGAUAUUCAUCUUUGUGUGCUUCUUGUUUUUUUUUUGUAAAAGAGGAAAGUAGCGCUGUGGUUCAGGACAGCCUAUAUGUGUAGGUUUAGUUUGGCUUCUUUUUACCCGAACGGAGCACAGAAAAUACAAGUAAAGAUUUUCUUUAAAGUUAAGAUUGUUAUUGUGAUAAUGCACAAGUGCAUUUGGUAGUGGCUCAUUCUAACUACAAAGCCUAAUCUCUUAUAACUGAAAACAUAAAAAAAUUUUUUUCUUCUCAAGUUUACAUACAAUUUUGUAUUUAUUGUCAGAUGCUGCAUUAAGUCAUCAUGAAAAAAUGAACAACAUGACAAAAAUGUAUAUCUGGGGGGAAGCUUGUAAUAUUUAACCAGUGAAGGACAAAAAAAUAUGGUUGUUAAUUGCCUCAGGAUGUAUGCUUGUGCUACCUCAUUAAUCGAAUUCAACUGGGUGUUUUCAUUAUGUGUGCUCAAAGUCCAUGAGUGCUGCCACUUUUUAAAUCCACAUUCCUAACUCUGUGUUUUUUCAGGUGUUAAUGAGUAAAAACAUCUCAUGGAAAGAGGGUUUGGAAUUUCUACAAGCGCUCAGACUCUCUCUAUGCUUCCACUUAGUGGAUUAAAAUCCUUCAUAAGUUCAAAUUAAAAGUAGAUUUUAUCUUACUGUUUUGAACCCUAAAUAUCUGGCUAAAUAUGUUAACACUGAGGAUAAUAAUGUUUAUGAUUUUUAAUUGCUUAAACUGAACAUUUCUAUGUCUCUCUGAAUACGACACAUAACACCCUCUUCAUUUUAUAACUAACUCUCUGGUCAAUGUACAAUAGUACCAACAUGAUGCUGUUAUGUCAUUACUGCCUUUGCAGUGCUCACGUUCUUCCAACUAAUUUCUUCAGCCCACGCCUUUUUCUCCAACAGCUGCAAACGACUUUAUAGCCGAUAUGUUUAUCAGGCAGGUAGUGAUAGUGCUGAUUGUCUCUUUCCUAAGAAUAAGGAAAUCAUAGGUCAGUAAUGGGACUUGUUUGUCAGAUAGGACAUUUUGUCAUAAAUGAAAUGAUGAUUAUCAGCUCAACUGAAUGCAUCUAAUGCAUAAGCAGACACAUAAGUUUUGAAUCACUCCAACAUGAAUUUGACUGCUCUGCUGUCUACAGCUGAACAAAUUGCUAAACAUUUUAGUAAAGCUAUAACAGAGUAAAUCUUUCCCGCACAAGACAGAUGGUAAAUACAUUUUUAAGCAAAAGGUAAUAUAACAGCCUCUCUCUAAAAUAGAUGGUCCAUGUUUUUGUUGUUCUUUUUCAAACAGUAAUAAGAAUAGGCUGUCCCAGAGAUCAUAGUAAAUCCUCACUGAAGCAGGAGUUUAUCAUUUUGAAAUAGAAGUGCUACAUAUGCAUUAUCUGAAAUUUAAAUAUA